UUUUAAAGCAUGCAAAAGCAUGUUUUUUGGUGUAUGUGCCUGUUGAGUUGUGUUCAGUUGUGUUGAGUUUAUAAAAAAAAUUUAAAGGUUAUAAAUUGUGUUUUUAAUUUUUAUAUAUUGUUUAUAAAAAAAAAUAGAUUAAUAAAUUAUUUGCCAUGGCAUCUCUUGCACCAUCAGGUAAAAGUUGGAAAGAACAUAAUAAAUUUCAUAAAGAACAAAAAAAAAAAUGGCGUGAAGAAAAAUUAAUAAAAAAAGCAAAAAUAGAAGAAGCACAAGUUGUUGUUAAAAAUGAAAAAAUUGAAGAAGAAAAUAAACAAAAUAUACUUAAAGUAUCAACAAUGAGUAUAGCAAUACCAGGUUCAAUAAUGGAUAAUGCACAAUCACCAGAAUUACGUUCAUAUUUAGCUGGUCAAAUAGCAAGAGCAGCUGUUAUUUAUAAUAUUGAUGAAAUAAUUGUGUAUGAUGAUCAGGGUGAUUUAACUGAUGAUGAAAAAAAAAAAAUUAAAAAAGAUGCUGUACAUGGUGAACAGCGUAGAUGUUGUCUUCAACUUGCUAGAAUAUUACAGUAUCUUGAAUGUCCUCAAUAUUUGAGAAAAUAUUUUUUUCCAAAACAUGAUGAUUUACAGUAUGCUGGUUUGAUAAAUCCACUUGCAGCACCACAUCAUUUAAAGCAACAAGAUGAAUCAUUAUAUCGUGAAGGUGUUGUUACAAAUAAACCAAUUAAAAGUGGACAUGGAUCACAAGUUAAUGUUGGUCUAUUGAAUGAUGUACAUAUUGAUAAAACACUUCAACCAGGCUGGAGAGUUACUGUUAAAAUUCCACCAGAACAAAAUAGUACAAAACGUUUAAAAGGUACAGUUGUAUCACCAAAACUUCCAAGACUUGAAAGUGGUAUAUACUGGGGUUAUACUGUUAGACUUGCAUCAAAUUUAUCACAAAUAUUUUCAAGUUGUCCAUAUGAAAAUGGCUAUGAUUUAUCAAUUGGUACAUCUGACAAAGGUAAAUCUGUUAAAUCUGUACCUGAAAAAAGUCUCAAGUAUACACAUGGUCUUAUUGUUUUUGGUGGAUUAAAUGGUAUUGAAGCUGCAUUAGAAAAUGAUCCAAAACUUGUUGUUGAUGAUCCAUCAUUGGUAUUUGAUCAAUAUCUCAAUACACGUUCAAAUCAAGGCUCAAAAACUAUUAGAACUGAAGAGGCAUUAUUAAUAUCACUUGAAGCACUUGACAGUAAAUUUAAUCCUAUUUAUCCACCAUUACCAGCUCCACAAUUUCCAAGUGAAUCUAGUAAUAAUAAUAAUUCAAAUGACAAUGAUAAAAAACAGCAACAAAAAAAUUCCAUUGAUAAUAAUUUACAAGAUGAAAUUAAUAUUAAAAAACGAGUGUAUAAUUCAGAUUCCAGUGAUGAUGAUGAUGCCAAGGACGACGACGACGACGAAGAUGAUGAUAAA